AUGUUCCAAAAUUCACAUACUAAUAAUUAAUUUUCAUUCCACUCUACGAUUAAAUUCAAAAAAUUACCUAAGUUGGAACCUCUGUUUAAAUAAAUCAAUCAAGUUGUUCCUCAAAAUACCUAAAGAGGAAGAAGCUUUAAAUACUAUUUAUUUAACGUAACUGGAGGAUAAUGUAAGUUUAGAAGGAAAACAUGUACAUGUUCUGAGUGUGGAGGAACAAAUACAUUCGUUGAAAAAUAGAAUGCUUUGUAACCCAUAACAUACAUAAGAGCACAUCAUGUAAAAAAAAGAAAGAGAAAGAUGCAUCGUAAUAAAGGAGGUGGUAGACAUCUGUCAGCUAUGAUUACUAGAGUCCCUCUUAAAAUUGAGGAUAUUACCAAUCUUAUCCCAACAAGAAAAGAAAGAAAAGCAAAAACAUUACUUCAAAACUAAUUUAUUGAAUAAACACUAUUAAAAUGUAAAAGACUACUGACAAAAGAUGACUCUACUAUUGGCUAUGAAUAUUUUUUUGCUAAUGAAUUAAAAAUUGCUUAUUAAACUUAAGAAUUUAUGACUAAUAGUACAUUUGAAAAAACUCCAACUUAAAUCAAAUAAUAAAAUGGUAAUUUAACUGGAAGUCAAAGAACAAUAGAUGAAUCUUAAGUGACAAUUGCUUAAAAUUUGAAUAUUAAUCAAAGUUAAGUCUUAAAUAUUCAACUUCCUAAAAUAAAUUACAAAAUUAAACAAAAACCUUCGUUAUAUAGUCCUAGAAUCUAUUAGGACAUACUUGAAUCCCAUAAUCUUAAACCAAAUAAGACUGUUGAUAAAUAUAUAUCUUAAAGUACUCAUUGUUCGCCAGUCAAUAUCAAAUUACCCUUAAUUAGUUAAAAAAAAGUGAUCUAAACCAAAAGAAAGAAAUCAGAACAUGUUUAUUUGAAAGGAUCUCCCUUGAAAUUACUGCAUGAAUUAAAAUCUUAGAUUUUAUUAUAAAAAAAAAUGAGCAAAUAAUGA